AUGGUUCCAAUUCAAAAUUCUAGAAAGAUUCUAUGGGUCAAGGAAGUAUCUAUCGUGGUCCUUCUUGGGCAUGAGAGUGAAAGCGUUCAGUAUCAGACAACAAUUUUCAACACCAUCAUACCUGGCCCAUUGGGUAUCAUCUCAUCGUUAUAUGUCACAUACGGUGCAAACAUACCUGUCUCUUACUAUUUCAAAAUAGUGUUAAAGAAGCCAACUUCAGGUCAAAACAAUGUCCAAUUACCAGGACCGUGGUCACAACAAUUGAAUUUAACGAAUAGAUUUCCAGUGCAUAUACUAUACACCUUGCUUUUCUUCAACAACGGAUUCAAGUCAAUUAUUCCUUGUGUUUUGGGCCUAUUGAUUGGCAAAUUGUACACCUUUGAGCUCCUACCUAUGGGAUCGACGUGGUUGUUACCAAAAGGAGUUUUCCAUUUGUUUAUUGAUCCUCGCAAAAAAGCAGAACGAAGUUGGUAUUACUUACGGCAAAGAUUUACGCGUGGGUAUCAACCUCUAUCCAUUGCAUCCACAGAGGAAGAACUUCCAGAUCGCAAUGGAAGCGAAGAACCGGAGGAUAAUGACGAACUUCUAGAUGAAGCUAGACAGGAAGAGAGUAGGAUAAGAGCAGAAACACCCGUUAGACCUUUGGGAAGUCAAUUUCUCGAUACAUUCCGAUCGUAA